GUUCCGUUUCAUUUUUGCUUGCUUAAUAGUUAAUACGUUCCUUCAAGUUCAAGUCACAGAAACCUUCAAUCCACCUCUUGUUCGUUCCACAUUGUCCUAGUCUUGCACCUCUGAUCAGGAUGACAGAACCUGCAUCUACUCCUGAAGUAGCAAUUGGAAUUGGUAUUGGCACAUCACCAUGUAGUGUUUCUGUGUGGAAUGGUUCCCAAGUGGAGGUUUUGAAAGACACAAUUAAUGAGAUGAUUAAGAGGUCUUGUGAAACUUUCAAAGAGCAUGAUGAUGAUGAGGCUACAAUUUUAAAAAUGAAACACUUGAUUGAUAUAAUUGUUAGUGACCCUAUAGUCCAUAAUGCAAGUACAAACUUUCCAUUUCUAGUGCACGCUUUGGACAUUAAGCCAUUUCACCCUUUUAUUGCUGCAUUUGUGAACAAAGUGUGGAGAUCCACCAAUUCAGUAGAACUCCUUGGAAAAUUUCUGGUGGAAUUAAGACAAAUGGUUGAAACUCAUCUGAAACGACCAGUAAGAUAUGUAGUGUUUACAGUUCCGGUUUCAUUCAGUCGAUUGCAGUUAAACCGAAUUCAUCGCGCUUGUGGAAUGGCCGGUCUUAAUGUUUUCAGAGUGAUGCCUCAACCAACAGCAGUAGCUUUGUUGUAUGCAAAGCAACAAAUGCAAGCUUCUGCAUCAAUUCAUGAGGAUAUGGUCAGUGAAAGUGAAAAAAUUGCUCUCAUUUUCAAUAUGGAUGCUGCUUAUUGUGAUGUUGCUGUUAUUGCUACAUCAAAAGGAAAAUGCCAAAUAAAAGGCUUGGUAGGAAGUACUAUUGGUGAAGAAGACUUGCUUGGAAAUAUGAUGCAUCAUUUAUUACCUGAUUCUGAAAACAUGUUCAAGAAACAUGUUCACGACGACAAAGAAAUUAAAUCAAUGGCUUUUCUUCGAGUUACAAUCCAGGAAGCGAUUCAUCAGCUCUCGUCUCUGACAAGUGUCGAGGUUGAUUUAAACAUGGGAGAUGGUUUGAAGAUAUGCAAGGUUGUUGAGAGGGAAGAGUUUGAGAAGGUAAACAAAGAGGUGUUUGAGAAGUGUGAGAGACUAAUGAUCCAAUGCUUGCAAGAUGCAAAGGUAGAAGUUGAGAAUUUAAAUGAUGUGAUAAUUGUAGGUGGAUGUUGUAAUAUCCCUAAGGUGAAGAGUCUUGUUACUAAAAUAUGCAAAGGAAAGGAAGUUUAUAAAGGUAUGAAUCCUUUAGAAGCUACUCUUUGUGGUGCAGCAGAGGCAGGAGCUAUUGCUUUAGGUAAUGAUAAUCCAUUUGGAGACUUGGAGAUGUUAAAUUUUCAUUUCACGCCUCUUGCCAUUGGAAUUCAAGCGAAUGGAAACAACUUCAUCGCUGUAAUUCCAAGGAACACAUCAGUGCCAACCACGAGGCGUCUAGUAUUCACAACGAUUCAUGAUAAUCAAACCGCAGCGUUGAUCGUUGUCUAUGAAGGCGAGGGACAGAAGGCUGAAGAAAACCACCUUUUGGGAUAUUUCAAAAUAACAGAAAUACCUGAAGCACCAAAAGGGGUUCCAGAAAUCAAUGUUUGCAUGGAGAUAGACCAUAAAAAUAGGCUCACAGUUAUUACUUCUGUUGAGAUGUAUGGAUUUCAACAAUCUGCAAUUCCUGUUAUUGAAGCAAGGAUGACAAAGUUUGAUGAUGAUGACCAUGGUUGGUGUGGUGAGGGACUAAUUAGAAGUUAUGGUGACACAAUGGAUUUGGUUACUCUCCUCAGGAAGGAACAAUAAAAUCAUAAUAUCCAACAUAAUCAUCAGUUGUUUUCUUCUGUUUCAGCAACAUAUAUUGAUAUGUGUCUAAUGUCUGCAAUAUUAUGGAAAUAAUAGGACUUUAGUUCUAAAUUUGAUUUCAAUAAAAA